ACCUAGACCGCAAUCAUGAGUACAGACGCGGAGAUGGCCCAGUAUGGCGCGGCUUCCAUUUACCUCCGUAAACCAGAGAGGGAAAGAAUUGAGGCUCAAAGCGCACCUUUUGAUGCCAAGAGUGCCUGCUAUGUGUCUGAUGUCAAGGAGCUGUUCUUGAAGGGAACGAUCCUCAAGAAAGAUGGUGGCAAAGUCACUGUCAAAGUCUUGACCACUGAGGAGAGGGUAGUGAAAGAAGAGGACAUCUUUCCAAUGAACCCUCCCAAGUAUGACAAGAUUGAGGACAUGGUCAUGAUGACCCAUCUCAAUGAAGCCUCUGUGCUGUAUAACCUCAAAGAGCGUUAUGCAGCAUGGAUGAUCUACACCUACUCUGGGUUGUUCUGUGCCACUGUGAACCCCUACAAGAUGCUCCCAGUGUACGAUAUGGAAGUUGUAAAUGCCUACAGAGGCAAGAAGCGUAUGGAGGCUCCACCGCACAUCUUCUCUGUCUCUGACAACGCUUAUCAGUUCAUGCUUAUUGAUAGAGAGAACCAGUCUGUCUUGAUCACUGGAGAAUCUGGUGCCGGAAAGACUGUGAACACCAAGCGUGUCAUCCAGUACUUUGCAACCAUCUCAGUUGGUGGAGGCAAGGCGAGAGACACAUCAAAGGGUUCACUGGAGGAUCAGAUUAUUGCAGCCAACCCCCUGCUGGAGGCUUAUGGUAACGCCAAAACUGUGAGGAAUGACAACUCUUCUCGUUUUGGUAAAUUCAUCAGAAUCCAUUUCCACGCAUCUGGCAAACUGGCUAGUGCUGAUAUUGAGACUUAUCUGCUGGAGAAGUCUAGAGUCACAUUCCAGCUUCCUGAUGAGAGAGGCUACCAUAUCUUCUACCAGAUGAUGACUGCCCACAUACCUGAGCUGAUUGAAUUGUCACUCAUUUCAACCAACCCCUACGACUUCCCCAUGUGCAGUCAGGGUCAUAUCACUGUGGCCAGCAUUGAUGACAAAGUUGAGCUGGAAGCCACUGAUAAUGCUAUUGAUAUCCUGGGCUUCACUAAUGAAGAGAAGAUGAGCAUUUACAAGAUGACCGGUGCUGUGCUUCACCACGGUAACAUGAAGUUCAAGCAAAAGCAGCGUGAGGAGCAGGCUGAGCCUGAUGGCACAGAGAAUGCUGACAAGGUUGCUUAUUUGCUGGGUCUGAACUCCACUGACAUGCUGAAGGCUCUGUGCUAUCCUAGAGUGAAGGUCGGAAAUGAUUAUGUCACCAAGGGACAGACUGUACCUCAGGUGAGUAACGCAGUGCCUGCCCUGGCCAAGUCUAUCUACGAGAGGAUGUUCUUGUGGAUGGUCGUCCGUAUCAACCAGAUGUUGGACACCAAACAACCCAGGCAGUACUAUAUUGGAGUCCUGGAUAUUGCUGGCUUUGAAAUCUUUGAUUACAACAGCAUGGAACAGCUGUGCAUCAACUUCACCAAUGAGAAACUGCAACAGUUCUUCAACCACACCAUGUUCGUCCUGGAGCAAGAGGAGUACAAGAAGGAGGGAAUUAUCUGGGAGUUCAUUGACUUUGGUAUGGACUUGGCUGCCUGCAUUGAGCUGAUUGAAAAGCCCAUGGGCAUCUUCUCCAUCCUUGAAGAGGAGUGCAUGUUCCCCAAGGCCUCAGACUCAUCCUUCAAGAACAAGCUGUAUGACCAGCAUCUUGGCAAAAACAGAGCAUUUGAGAAGCCAAAGCCCGCAAAGGGCAAGGCUGAGGCCCACUUCGCCAUGGUGCACUAUGCUGGUACCGUGGACUACAACGUCACUGGCUGGCUGGACAAGAACAAGGAUCCCCUGAAUGACUCUGUCAUUCUGCUGUACCAGAAAUCCUCAGUGAAACUGCUGGGUCUGUUGUAUCCUCGAUAUUCUAACAAAACAUCAACAGAGAAGGGUGGGAAGGGAGGCAAGAAGAAGGGUGGUUCUAUGCAGACUGUGUCUUCACAGUUUAGGGAUAACUUGGGCAAGCUGAUGACUAACUUGAGGGCCACCCAUCCUCACUUUGUGCGCUGUCUGAUUCCCAAUGAGACAAAGACUCCAGGUUUGAUGGAGAACUUCCUGGUUAUCCACCAGCUCAGGUGUAAUGGUGUCCUGGAGGGUAUUAGAAUCUGCAGAAAAGGUUUCCCCAGCAGAAUCCCCUAUGCCGACUUCAAGCAGAGAUACAAGAUACUGAAUGCCAGUGUCAUCCCUGAGGGUCAGUUCAUGGACAACAAGAAGGCUUCAGAGAAGCUGCUUGGGUCAAUUGAUGUUCCUCAUGAUGAGUACAGAUUCGGACACACAAAGGUGUUCUUCAAGGCUGGUCUGCUUGGUACCCUUGAGGAGAUGAGAGAUGAAAAACUGGCAUCUCUGGUCACCAUGACUCAGGCUAUAUGCCGUGGUUUCCUCAUGAGAAGGUCAUUUGUGGAGAUGGCAGCAAGGAGGGAUGCCAUUUAUACCAUCCAGUACAACGUGCGCUCCUUCAUGAAUGUGAAACACUGGCCAUGGAUGAAGGUCUACUACAAGAUUAAGCCUCUGCUGCAGAGUGCUGAAACUGAGAAGGAGCUGGCAAAUAUGAAGGAGAACUAUGAAAAAAUGAAAAGUGACCUGGCUACUGCCCUGGCCAAGAAGAAGGAACUGGAGCAGAAGAUGGUUUCCCUUCUGCAGGAGAAGAAUGAUCUGACACUGCAAGUCUCAUCUGAAGGAGAAAAUCUGUCUGAUGCUGAGGAAAGAUGUGAGGGACUUAUCAAGAGUAAGAUUCAGAUGGAGGCCAAACUCAAAGAGACAACUGAGAGACUGGAGGAUGAAGAAGAAAUGAAUGCUGAGCUCACUGCCAAGAAGAGAAAGCUGGAGGAUGAAUGCUCUGAGCUCAAGAAGGAUAUUGAUGACCUGGAGCUUACCUUGGCCAAAGUGGAGAAGGAGAAACAUGCCACUGAGAACAAGGUGAAGAACCUGACCGAGGAGAUGGCCUCUCAGGAUGAGAGCAUUGCUAAGCUGACCAAGGAAAAGAAAGCCCUUCAGGAGGCUCAUCAGCAGACUCUUGAUGACCUGCAGGCAGAGGAAGACAAAGUCAACACUCUGACUAAGGCCAAGACCAAGCUUGAGCAGCAAGUGGAUGAUCUUGAGGGUUCUCUGGAGCAAGAGAAGAAGCUGCGUAUGGACCUUGAGAGAACCAAGAGAAAGCUUGAGGGAGAUCUCAAACUGGCCCAGGAAUCCAUCAUGGAUCUUGAGAAUGACAAGCAGCAGUCUGAUGAGAAAAUCAAAAAGAAGGACUUUGAAUGCAGUCAGCUCCUUAGCAAGAUUGAAGAUGAGCAGUCUCUGGGUGCUCAGCUCCAGAAGAAGAUCAAGGAGCUCCAGGCUCGUAUUGAGGAACUGGAAGAGGAGAUUGAGGCUGAGCGUGCAGCUCGGGCCAAGGUUGAGAAGCAGAGAGCUGACCUCUCCAGGGAACUUGAGGAGAUCAGUGAGAGGCUGGAGGAGGCUGGAGGUGCCACCGCUGCUCAGAUUGAGAUGAACAAGAAGCGUGAGGCUGAGUUCCAGAAGCUCCGUCGUGACCUUGAGGAGUCCACUCUGCAGCACGAAGCAACUGCUGCUGCCCUUCGCAAGAAGCAGGCUGACAGUGUUGCUGAGCUGGGAGAGCAGAUCGACAACCUCCAGCGUGUCAAGCAGAAGCUUGAGAAGGAAAAGAGUGAAUACAAGAUGGAGAUUGAUGACCUCUCCAGCAACAUGGAGAAUGUUGCUAAGGCAAAGGGAAAUCUUGAAAAGAUGUGCCGCACUCUUGAGGACCAACUUAGCGAACUGAAGACCAAGAAUGAUGAAAACGUCCGCCAGAUCAAUGACACAAGUUCACAGAAAGCACGUCUCCUGACAGAAAAUGGUGAGUUCAGCCGUCAAGUUGAAGAGAAGGAAGCUCUUGUCUCUCAGUUGACCAGAGGCAAGCAGGCCUCCACACAGCAGAUUGAUGAAUUGAAGAGACAAAUUGAGGAGGAGGUUAAGGCCAAGAAUGCUCUUGCCCAUGGCCUGCAAUCAACCCGCCAUGACUGUGAUCUGCUGAGGGAGCAGUUUGAAGAGGAGCAGGAGGCCAAGGCUGAGCUGCAGCGUGGAAUGUCCAAGGCCAACAGCGAGGUGGCUCAGUGGAGAUCCAAGUAUGAAACUGAUGCUAUCCAGCGCACUGAGGAGCUUGAGGAAUCCAAGAAAAAGCUUGCCCAGCGCCUUCAGGAGGCUGAGGAACAGAUUGAGGCAGUGAAUUCCAAGAGUGCUUCUCUUGAGAAAACCAAACAGAGGCUCCAGAGUGAGGUGGAGGACCUCAUGAUUGAUGUGGAGAGGGCCAAUGGCCUUGCUGCCAACCUGGACAAAAAGCAGAGGAACUUUGACAAGGUGUUGGCAGAGUGGAAGCAGAAGCACGAGGAGGGUCAGGCAGAGCUUGAGGGAGCACAGAAGGAGGCUCGUUCUCUCAGCACUGAGCUGUUCAAGAUGAAGAACUCUUAUGAGGAGGCUCUUGAUCAUCUGGAGACCAUGAAGCGUGAAAACAAGAAUCUGCAACAGGAGAUCUCAGAUCUGACUGAACAGAUUGGUGAGACUGGCAAGAACAUCCAUGAGCUGGAGAAGUCCAAGAAGCAGGUGGAGACAGAGAAGACUGAGAUCCAGACAGCUCUUGAAGAGGCUGAGGGAACUCUGGAACAUGAAGAGUCUAAGAUCCUUCGUGUUCAGCUGGAGCUCACCCAGAUUAAGGGUGAGGUGGACAGGAAGCUGGCAGAGAAAGAUGAAGAGAUGGAACAGAUCAAGAGGAACAGCCAGAGAGUGACUGACUCCAUGCAGAGCACUCUGGAUUCUGAGGUCAGGAGCAGGAACGAUGCCCUGAGAAUCAAGAAGAAGAUGGAGGGAGAUCUGAAUGAGAUGGAGAUUCAGCUCAGCCAUGCCAACCGCCAGGCUGCUGAGUCCCAGAAGCAGCUCAGGAAUGUGCAGGCACAGCUGAAGGAUGCUCAACUGCACCUUGAUGAUGCUGUCAGAGCCCAGGAGGACUUCAAGGAGCAGGCUGCUAUGGUGGAUCGUAGAAACGGUCUUAUGGUGGCUGAAAUUGAGGAACUUAGAGCUGCUCUGGAACAGACAGAGAGAAGUCGCAAAAUUGCUGAGCAAGAGCUGGUUGAUGCCAGUGAGCGUGUUGGACUCCUGCACUCUCAGAACACAAGCCUUGUGAACACCAAGAAGAAGCUUGAGACAGACCUGGUCCAGAUCCAGGGUGAAGUGGAUGACAUUGUUCAGGAAGCAAGGAAUGCAGAGGAGAAGGCCAAGAAGGCCAUCACUGAUGCUGCUAUGAUGGCUGAGGAGCUGAAGAAGGAGCAAGAUACUAGUGCUCAUCUGGAGAGGAUGAAGAAGAACCUGGAGGUUGCUGUUAAGGACCUGCAGCAUCGUCUGGAUGAGGCUGAGAACCUGGCCAUGAAGGGUGGCAAGAAGCAGCUCCAGAAACUUGAGUCUAGGGUGCGUGAGCUGGAGGGAGAGGUUGAGGCUGAACAGAGACGUGCAGUAGAGGCUGUUAAAGGUGUUCGCAAAUAUGAGAGGAGAGUUAAGGAGCUCACCUAUCAGACUGAGGAGGACAAGAAAAAUGUUGCCAGGCUGCAGGAUCUGGUUGACAAAUUGCAGCUGAAGGUGAAGGCCUACAAGAGGCAGGCUGAGGAGGCGGAGGAGCAGGCCAAUGUCCAUCUGUCCAAGUGCAGGAAGGUCCAGAAUGAGCUGGAGGAGGCUGAGGAGCGUGCUGACAUUGCAGAGUCCCAGGUCAACAAACUGAGAGCAAAGGGCCGUGACUCUGGCAAGGGAAAAGAAGCAGCAGAGUAAAGCACAAGGAGUGUUUCCCUGUGUUGAAUCAUAUAAUAUGAUACAAUUCAUGCUGAAAUAAAGCUCAAGCUGUUAAACUUGAA